UCCCCCUAAGGCUGUAACUUCCUGUUUGUCUCAUCUCUGAACUCUGUGCUUUAACUGACACCAAGUCAACGACAACCACGCUGACAGACGAAGAGACGGCUGUCACUGAAUGACCUCAUCAACAUGAAUCGGACUUAUGACCUCAUGGAUGACUUCAUGAACAUCACAGGAUUCACCACAAACGAACCAUCCUUGUUCACCACUGAUGAUGACUACGAGUACGAGGACCUGAUGUGUGACCGCGCCCCGGUGCGGAGCUUCAGGCGUCUGUGGGAGCCGCCGCUCUUCUGGAUGAUCACCCUGGUGGGCGGAGCCGGGAACCUGGCUGUGGUGUGGAUCUACCUGAACUUCCGGCAGCGACUGAAGACCAUGUCAGAUGUUUACCUGCUGAACCUGGCCGUGGCCGACCUGCUGUUCCUGGUCACACUGCCGCUGUGGGCGGCCGAGGCAUCACACGGCUGGAUCUUUGGCUGUGCCCUCUGCAAGGUGAACUCCGCCCUCUACAAGGUCAACCUGUUCAGCAGCAUGCUGCUGCUCACAUGCAUCAGUGUGGACCGCUACGUGGUCAUCGUGCAGACCACCAAGGCACAAAACUCACAGCUGGAGCGCCGUCGCCACAGCCGGCUGGUGUGUGUGGGGGUGUGGCUUCUGGCCCUGCUGCUGGCCACUCCUGAGCUUGUGUUUGCCACCACGGUUAAGGUGGACUCUCAGCCGUACUGCAGCAUGGUGUACCCCCCUGAUCUGGGCAACGGCACUAAGAUCCUGGUGCUGUCCAUACUGGUGAGCAUGGGGUUCUUCCUACCCUUCAUCAUCAUGGCGUUCUGCUACAGCGUCAUUGUCGCCAAGCUGAUCAAUACCCGAAACUUCCAAAAGCACAAGGCCAUGCGCGUCAUACUGGUUGUGGUGGUAGUGUUCGUCAUGUCCCAGCUGCCCUACAAUGGCGUACUGGUCAUGAUGGCGACGCAGGCCUCCAACAUGACUAUAACGGACUGCGAGGCCCUGAAGCGCUUCGACAUCGUGGGACAUGUGCUGAAGAGUCUGGCUUACAUGCACGCCUGCCUCAACCCCUUCCUCUAUGCGUUUGUGGGCGUUCGAUUCCGCCGCGACGUCCUGCGGCUCCUGCGCUUCAGCAGCAGCCGCUGCCUGCAACUGGUCAGCAAGAAUCCACUGGGAGAGACCAGUAGGAGUCCACUGAGCUCCACUCGAGCCUCGGUGAUGUCAGACAGCGACACCUCGCAGGUGCUGUCACUGUGACCAUGUGACCUCCACACACAUCAUCUCAUUACUCUCCAUCAUUUGAUCCUGUUUUACUUCAAGCUGUUUUAAAAUAAUUGAAACUUUGUCUUUCCUGAAUAUUUCCAGGACUUUCUGAGAAUUAGUUUGUUGAUGAUAAUGAUAAAUAAAGAGACCUGUACUUAGGUUUGGUCAUGAAACUUCUGUUUUCUUCUCAUAUUGACUUUGUUGCACCUUUAACAGGAAGUGAAUCUCAUGAUGGACGUAAAGAGAAGCAACGUGAUUGAAGAACAGAACUCAUGUGUAACUCUCAGUUAAAAGAUGACAGAUGCUCAUGUGUAAAUAGUCUCUGGAUGUUUUGGUCCAUGAGUUUGUUCGUGGGAGCGUGACAAACAGGAGGACGUUGAUCAGUCACACUGGUUUCUUCACUUCCUCCUCACAUCCUGUUUAUGUUUUCACUCUGUUCUGUAAAAACAUCUCAAUGUUUGUAUUCAUUUUGAUUCACAUGUUUUUAUUCAAAUGUGUGAAAAAUAUCAAAUGAAGGAUUUUUUUCUAUUUCUAAUGUAAAAACCUUUUAGAAAAAUCCAAAGUGGUAAAACAA